GGAAAAAAUGGGCACGUUGAGAGUGCCUGAUGUGCUUCCUUCUGCAGACCAAGAUUGUGAAAGGCUCAACAAAGCUUUUGAUGGACUGGGAACCGAUGAGGAGGCUAUAAUUUGGGUAUUAGGCUGCAGGAAUGCAAGCCAAAGGAGGAGAAUUAAAGACAGAUAUCAGCAGCUUUACAAUGAAUCCCUCAUUGAUCGUCUCCAUUCUGAACUCUCUGGUGAUUUUGCAAAAGCAGUGAUUUUAUGGACACAAGAUCCCCCAGAAAGGGAUGCUAAACUGGCAAAAGAUGCAUUGAAAGAAAAGAAGAAAGGAAUCAAACACCUAGGAGUGAUAGUUGAGAUAGCAUGUGCAUCAUCUCCUCACCAUCUGAUGGCUGUCAGGCAGGCCUACUGUUCUCUCUUUGAUUGCUCACUUGAAGAGGAUAUUACAUCCGCUGUUGAUAUGCCACUCAGAAAGCUUCUAGUGGGUCUAGUGAGCUCCUAUAGGUAUGACAGAGAAGUGGUGGAUAUGGUGGUUGCUAAAUCAGAAGCAGCUACACUACAUGAAGCCAUCAGAACAAAGCAAUUAGAUUGUGAUAGUGUUGUGUGGAUACUCUGCACAAGGAAUGUCUUUCAGCUCAAAGCAACUUUUGACUGUUACAAGCAGAACUAUGGAAAUCCCAUUGACCAGGAUAUUAAGGGCUAUGUGAAUGGAGAUUUGGAGGCUCUUUUGAAAAUGGUAAUUUGGUGCAUCGAUUCCCCUGAGAAGCAUUUUGCAGAGGUAAUAGGAAAUUCCAUUAUUGGGCUUGGAACAGAUGAAGAUUCUCUAACAAGAACAAUUGUUACUCGAGCUGAAAUCGACACAAUGAAAAUCAGAGGGGAGUAUUACAACAAGUACAAAACCAGCCUCGACAAUGCAGUUAUUGGUGACACUUCAGGAGACUACAAAAACUUCUUGAUGACUUUGCUUGGAGCAAGAAUCUGAAUCAUUCUACCAACCUUCGUUUUAUACCAAGCAUCAUUGGAAUAAAAGU